UUUUUUCUUUUUCCCGGGAAUGAAAUCAUGAUGCGGUAGUUCCGACGAACGACAAAUCAAUUUGGUAUGGCCUAACAAAACGAACGGGUAACGUAAGCAUAUCAUAUUACGCGAACUGUAUAAAUUAUUCAUAUUGAAUACGAGAGCGAAGAUUGUUCGUCCUUCGGUUAUGAAAAAAAAAGAGUUAUGUUUGAACGGUAAUUUAAUUACAUUAUGUUCCUUAUUGCGCACAUAACGGAUAUGUUAUCAAUAAUCCACCGUAUUCAGAAUAAACAACUUGAAUUUAAAGUGCUAGACGUUGCGAGUGGUGAUAUACAAAUGUGAAUGAACUGUGUUUCUAUAGUUCCUUUUAGACGUUUCUGUUCAAAUUCACUUGCAGAGGGACUUUGAUCAUGUCUCCGCCGCUAAAAGAAGAAUGGGUGUACAGAAGAAAGGUGUUUCAACGUUACUAAUUCACGGAAAGAGGUUGUACGUCUGCGGAAUAAUUUCGGAAUGAUAUUGAGUGUAUCAAUUUAGCGCACUGAAAACAUGAGAAGGCAAAGAUUGUCGAAACAAAAGUUUGACAAUUGUCUGAAGCUUGGACUUGCACUACAAAUAACUAAAGAUGGACUGGAAGACUAUGUAAAUGAAGGAACAGCUCAGUUCCACGACCACAUCGUACAGAAGUUACAAACAAAUUCGCCAUGUAACGAAUGUCGAACUGAAAAUGUAUUAGAAUGUCCAACGUCUGGUGUCUGUAACCGAAAACAUUGCUCAUUCCAUAACUCUGUUGGGAAACAACCGCGUAAAUGUCCGAACAGUACAUGCACCAAAGUGAGAGAUCAUAUACAGGAAUCACAUCGAUUCGGGCAUCCCUCAUGGCAGAAUACCGAUGCAACACAAUGGGUAUCCGAUUCAUUUCAAAUUGCAAAGUGUUUCGUAUCACCCGAAGAGUGUUGUUAUUCAGGCAUUAAAUCGAUAAAGGAACUGGGUUUUGACGGUAUCCUAAGUAUCAUAAUAAACAACAACUACUUCCAGAAUAAAGUUACUGCAAACCUUUCGGAAGAGAUUAAUGCUUUUUCCAAGGCCAGGGACGUCGGAAGGAUGUAUCACCAACAUGGAAGUCUUUUUAUAGCGGAUACAGAUCUUGCUGUUGACUUACAUGUGUUACAAGCUGUGCUGACAGAUUCAAAAUGUUUGUUAUAUGACAGAAAAGCUCAAAAUGCAGUACUUGAGCUAAAACAGUUGGAAGCAGGUACAUUGACGAUAAGUACUGGUAGGCUUAUUGCAGUCAUAAAUGAUGCUCUUGCAGUCGAUGAAAGAAAAGCUCCAAAACGCCAGUGCAGCAAAGGUAUGGGAACACAAGAACAAAAUGUACACAAAGUAAAGUUAAGACUGCUAUUGGAGAUACCUGACCUUUUUACGUUUCAAGCAAAGAAGCUAAAAUGUUCCCAGAUUGGAACAUUGUUGUCGGAAAAACGAAGCUUGAUUGAUGACCUUAAAGAAGCAGUUAAACAGUUUCAGAUGUCUUUAGAUAAAGAAAGGUGUACAACAUCAACACAUUUGCCGGAAAAAUCACUGUCUCUCGGAAAGCGGGAUCGAAACACUCAUGAAGAUGCGCACAGAAGUGAGUCUUCCAAAAGGCCGAGACGGUCAUCGGAGAUGAAUAGACAAAUGUUUGAGGAAGAUAAAACAGAUUUCAAAAGAAAUUUGAUUGAUUUCUAUCAAGAACGGCACAGUACACUUCCACUAUCACCGCUUAUACGAAAAAACAAGGCGCCAUUGUUGGAUUUUUAUGUACCGCCUAAGAUCUACAAAUUAGAUUUAGAAAAAGAGCUGUAUGGUGGAAAAGAGUAUUCCGUUUCCAGGGAGAUAGAAAAUAUAGAAGAUAUUUUUGAUUCCAAAUCACUACAUCCAAAAAAGAAUAUUUGUCUAGUGUCUCCCCCGGGUACUGGAAAAACGUCUUUCGUGAAAAAAUUAGCAUUGACUUGGUGUCAAGCUCACCAUCCUGUCAAAGAUAAGGCGGCAUACUUCAAUACACAAGAUCUAGAAACCAUGAAGCGUUUUCAGUUUUUGUUUGUAAUAUUCCUCAGAGAUGUACAACUUGAAUGUGAAGAAGACGCGAUGAUACAAAUAUGUUUGAUAAGUCAGCUUGAAUUGGAGUACAAAUAUGACAAUGAGUUCCUUCAAAAUGUUUUGCACGAGGAAACAUGUCUUAUUAUUAUGGAUGGCUUAGAUGAAUGGAAACAUCCAAAAUUGUCUAAUAGCUUUUGCCGACAAACUCGAUCCAACAUCCCACACAGAAAGGUCCGGUCUAAGUGUACGCAUCUGUCAACGUCAAGACCAUGGACCCUAAAUAAGGUGCUGUGUGAAAAUAUAGUUAUUGAUCAACACUUAGAAAUGUCAGGACUUGGGAAAAGCUCUUCCAAUAAACUAAUUCAAAAUGUCAUAGCAUACUUAAGCAGACAUGCAGUCUACAAAGAAAUGACCACGAAGAACUUUCUUAAAAUGCUGGAUUCGAAAGGACUUCAGAAAUUUGAGUCAAACCCAAUUAUCCUGAUGCAGUUAUUAUGUCUUUGGUUUGAGGGGACCGACCCAGGAGAAUCACAGAGCGAGAUAUACAGCAAUAUACUUGAACUGCUGUUCAAACGAGCAGAACAAAAUGAGACAAACCAAGGACAGAAAGGCAAGCAUAAAAAGAAACUCCCAACCUGCUUUUUGAACGCCCCGACAUGCAAACGAAAUGCCAAAACGUUACACUUGCUUGGAAAACUUGCAUUUACCACUUUAUUUCCUAGAAGUAAAGAACCCUCCUUUGUCUUCGGACGUUCCCUUGUGAAAGAACACUUAGAAGAAAAAGAAGUACAACAGUGCCUACGAGUGGGGAUACUUUGUCAAAACGACGAACUUGGUAAACUUGCAGACGAAAGAGUGAACGUCUCCUUUCUACAUAAAACCUUCCAAGAGUUUUUUGCUGCAUUGUACCUCACAUCAAAGAGAAUCCUUCAUAAAGACAUCGAAACAAGAAUCUUCGAAAACCACGCCUCCUUGGAAACCAUCCUUCAACUCGAGACAGUUUUGAUCUUUAUCAGCGGAUUUUCUCCCAGCUGUAUGGAAACGCUUGUUGAAAGAACAAAGAACAUACUCGCGAGAAACACCAUUAUUCACCAGUACAGAACAAAUGUCUAUGGACUCUUUCUUGAGAAACGCAAUUAUAUUUACGACUUUUGUCACAUGAUAGUGAAAUCUGCGAAGGAGAGUAUCUGUAACAAGCAAGAUGGCCUUGACAACUUCUAUUUGGAAGAUGUCAUCAUCGAUAAAGAGUGUGAGGAUGAAAUGUACACGACUGCUCUUAGUCAGGUUAUAGAAACGAAUAAAAACAACAUCAAAUCUGUCACCAUUCAAAAAGAGAUGACGAUUGAUGAUAAAAAGGCAGACUCAAUAAUGGCAAUUUUAAAUCUUCAGACUCUACAUUCCAUUGAGAAAUUAUACAUAUGGGGAAAAAUAGCAGACGAAUUGCUGCAAAGUCUUCUGCUUAAUUCGAAAGUGAAUCUGAAAUGUUUAGAGUUAUGGGGCAUGUCUGUGAGCAGCAAUGAUAUCAAUCUCAUUUCGAAAUUAGACAAUUUAGAAGGUGUGUCAUUGCUUGGAAUCUCCGCUUCACAUGAUGUACUCAAGGAAUUGAUGUCUACUUUUGAGAAGCAUUACAAACUGCAACAAGUAAUAAUUAACAACAUGAAGUGCAUUGACCAUUCAGAGUUCUGUCCCGGUUGUGAUCUCAGGAUUUCAGAAAAGUCGUUGCCUACACUGUUUAUGGUAGAUAAAGUCCAUCUCACAAGCAUACAUGUAAAUGCUAAAAAACUACAACAUUGUGUUAUUGAAUGGUUAGACCCUCCAAGUGCACUACAAUCUUUUCUGCAGUGUCUGAAAAAUGCACAUUUUCUCGAACGAUUUGAUUAUGAGGGUCAUACAAGUGCCACUGACACACGUUUUCUCCUGGAAACAGUUUCAAACCUCACACAUCUAAAGUAUCUUAGGCUUCGACUCGUAGAUCUUAAUGAAAGCUAUGACAUAAAUAUCACAAGUCUGAAGAACCUCAAGCGGGUACAUUUGUGCAAUGUUACGAUGAAAAUUGAAAUACUCCAACACUUCAUUACCCAGGUUGCCUCAAUUGGCACAUCAAUAAUGGUUCUGAUAGACUACUGGAAUGCUUCAUCACCAUCAGACUAUCAUGAAAUUAAAGAAUGGAUGCGAUCAUCUGAAGCAAUACAAAUCAUCGGCGGGGAAGGCGAACAAAACGGCCAGCUACACUUUGAAACAUUGGUUACACCAAGCGGUGCUGCGUCUUCAAAAGCAUAUUCAAGAAAAGAUGAUAACGCAUGGAGCCAAUGUCUUUGCAAAACAUCACAAGAGGCACUAAAUAUUGCAGACAUCUUGUUGAAGAACAAUUCAGUACCAAAGAAAGGGACACUAAAUAGGUUAUGUGAACACUUUGGAAAGAAAGAUAUAUUCUUCCUGCACCUGUGCCAUUGCAUUUGUGCCUACAUUAAAAGUAAGAGUAGAAAAAUAGUGCACGUUUAUUCUUCGUACCAGAUGCUACACCAGAACGAAAUAGUCUUUGUCGUGUUUGUCGAGGAGAGUUUGUCUAAGAGCGAGGAAUUCAAAAUUAGACACAAUUGUAAAGUCGAAAUAAGAAUGUUAGAUAAAUACAGCCCGGAAGGCCAGUUAGUAAUGCAUAGUACAGAAAACUGUGACUCGGAAUUGCCUGCUUCAGAAAUAGAGACUGUAAAACGCUGUCUUGACAAAUUUGCAGCCGAUUUAAUGGAAAAGCAUAAAUAUCUUUCACUGAUAAGAGCAAGCCCUGUGCGUUCAAAAGAUUAUGAAAAAGGUGAAGGUAAGAUCUGGAAAGAAACAUGUGUUGCACUGUAUGUCCCAGCAAAGAACUACAUACCAACUGACGAAGAACCAUUUCAGUCAAAUUAUGAUGGUAUACCCGUCGACGUAAGGGAAGGUGGUUUCGUUUUAUAUACGUCUCCUAGAGCUGAUGAGCGACAUGAACAUAUCAAAAUGGGAUGCAAGAUCUCACGGGACAAACUCAAGGGUACUGACAUUUGUCAUAUGUCUGGAACAUUGGGUGGAUUCGUUCAACAUCCGAAAUAUGGCUUGUGUGGGUUUACUUGUGCCCAUGCUUUGCUGCAUCACUCAGAACUAGAAGAAUUAAAGGAUAUGGGAGGAAUUCUGCAUUGGCCGUAUUUUGGAGAGUUAGAAGCCAUAAGUCAGCCAGAAAAAGCCCUUAACGAAAUUGGACGACUUGUGCAAGCUGUGUAUAAAGAAGGUGUCAACGGUGGUACUGGAGUAGAAGUAGCUCUCUUUCAAGUAGAAAAAAGAUACCCAAUUGACGGUGAUUUUCCAUCUUCACAAACACAAGCUAGUCAAGACUUACGCUUUGACUCUGGGACAACGUACGGAUGCUCACGUCUAAACGCAGAUGCUAUUGUUAAAUUUGGAUAUAAAACAAACAAAACGUUUGGAAAGUUUUUAAUGAAACAAGGGACAACAUGUGUAAGAACUCAAAAGCAUAAACUCAAAGUACAAACUGAUUUCGAAGUAAUUCUAUACAAUCAGCUAGAGGUAAGGUCAAUUCCAGAUUCCAGUGGGAGAACAACAGACUUUGCGUACUUUGGGGAUUCUGGAUCUCUAGUUUUUAUGAAAGGCGAAGACGAUGAGUAUGUUUGCGUAGGCAUGCUAGAAGGAGGAACUUCAGAUGGAACUGCAGUUGUCACACCCAUUACACCUAUCUUGGAACUGUUAGAUGUAUCCAAACUCAAAAGCUUCAAGAAAGAAAAACAAGCCCGUGAGUUGCAAGGCAUUCAGCGUGAUGUGCGGACCAUUUUACAAGAUAUACAGGAUCUAAAGUUGAACAUGCCUCAGGCAAGCCAAACAAUUUACCAACGAGAACAAAAGAAAUAAUAGGUACUAAUCGAUUUGACCAUUUUUUACGGAAAACAUCACUUGCAUACUCUGAAGCAGGACAGAACACCUCGAACCAGAACCAAGAAAACAAUAACUGUAUUUUAAAAAUCGGUCUGGUCAUUCCUUUACGGAAAAAUCAUUUGUAUAUUCUGAAGCUAUCUGUAGAACGUGCUUAUCACUCGUUUACAAUAUGAUAUUACAAUAAAGUAAUUUCUUUGGCAAUAGACGAACCGAAACACACAUAAAAGGAGCAAUAUGUCGUCGAGAAAGUGAAAUUAAUCGCAUUUCUUAGAUUUGAUAUUGUGCAAUCUUAAGUGAGUCUCCGUAGAGCUAAAUUGUUACAAGGGGCAAUCGAACAAACUAUGUGCGGAAGUGUUACAAAAACGAGAAGACCGGUUUCCAUCUACAGGAAAGGCAAAUGCAAUGAAAACACAAAUGUCAGUUUACAAUCAAGUAUUAUUAUUAUUAUUAUUAUUAUACCAGAUUUAUAUAGCGCCCUUUUCAGGAUCAAUUUUACGUUCAAAGGCGCUUUACAUAGUUCAAAUGCAGCCACACAGGGCGCAUAAAUUCAUCCUCUACUAGUACAGACACACAGCGAUCUGACCAGAGGGACAGAGUGAGACAAACCCCCAACGACAAAGAGAUCAAGUAUAGUUGAAAAGUAUAGAAAGUAUAGAAAUUGCAAUAUAUUGUUCUGUAUAUUCAUGCAUAUCAUAAUGUAUUUAUGCUGUUGCUAUAUGUGAAGGAAACCAUAUUUAUUCAUUUAGGAAAAAUAACUGCCCAUUAAAAAUAUGACGAAAUUGUACAAUUUGUAUUUCAUUUAAGUAUAUCAGAGAUUUUUUCUCAGAAAUGAAAGUAAGAAAUCAUACGAAUUAUUGAAUUGAUAUAACUA